AUGUCGACGGAGAAGAAACUGAUCACUCUGAAGAGCAGCGACGGCGAGUCGUUCGAAGUGGAGGAAGCCGUGGCGAUGCAGUCGCAAACAAUCAAGCACAUGAUCGAGGACGACUGCGCGGGCGACGGCAUCCCGAUCCCCAACGUCACCGGCGGGAUCCUGGCCAAGGUGAUCGAGUUCUGCAAGAAGCACCAGCACGCUGCUCAAUCCGACGCCGAUUUGAAGAAAUGGGACGCGGAAUUCGCCAAUGUGGGGCAGGACACGCUCUACGACCUGCUGCUGGCGGCGAACUACCUGAACGUCAAGGAUCUGCUGGAUUUGAUCUGCCAGACUGUGGCCGACCUGAUCAAGGGGAAGACGCCGGAGGAGAUAAGGAAGUACUUCAAUAUCAAGAAUGACUUCACUAAGGAGGAGGAAGAAGUGAUUCGCAGGGAGAACCAAUGGGCGUUUGAGUGA